UGUGGGAGUUGUUUGUCAGGCGUGGAGGAUUUACCUCUUGGUCAUAUUAGGGAUAAUUAUUUAAUGCUGUCCAAACCAAGAGAACAUCACAAGGGGGGAAGAGAGGGCCUCCAGGAUAUUAAAAGUGUCCCAGUCUGGUUGGUAAUCCUCGUCUGAAAAAAGCCUGUUGUGGCGUGGGACUGAGAAAAGGGGGUGAGAUAGACAGACAGACAGACCCAGCCUGCAGUACGGAGCCGCAGCCUCGCAGCCAGGAGCCACUCAGCAAGGACCUGUCACAUCACAGUACUGCAGCCCCACAGAGGACCCAGGCACCUGAAGGGCGAGAGAGAAGAACAGAGAGCAAAAGAGAGCAAAAGAGAGGAGACCAAUCACAGGGUACGACGAGGGCACCACACCACAUCACACCAGCCAGAAAUGCAAACACCACCAAACCUUUGGAGAAACGACUAAACUUUUUUCCUCUUGAUCAAAAGGAGACCUGUGCUGAGUUACAUAGUACCUGAUAGUUGGGUGAACAGUAGUGUUAUACCGUUCUAGAGUGAGUUCUAGGGUUAUCCGGGAGUGUUCCAGAGAGUUCCCGGGAGAGUUCCAAGCGUGUUCUAGAGUGAGUUCUAGGGUGAUCCGAGAGUGUUCCCGAGAGUUCCCGGGAGAGUUCCAACCGUGUUCUAGAGUGAGUUCUAGGGUGAUCCGAGAGUGUUCCCCAGAGUUCCCGGGAGAGUUCCAAGCGUAUUCUAGAGUGUUCUAUACAGUGUUCUAGAAUAUUUUCAUCGGCCAUAGGAUCUGUGGGAACUAGAGCCAGACAGCAGGAUGAGUGCCACUGAAGACAUAGCAAAAGACUACUAUGACUACCCUGAUUGGAACAUGGAGAACCCUGUGCCUACCAAGGUCCCAGCUGAAGUAAUCCCACCAUGUGACCCUACAGCUGAUGAUAGACUCUACCACAUCUGCAUCUCUGCCAUUUCUCUGGUGGUCAUGUUGAUCCUAGCAUUCCUUGCCAGGAGGAUGAAGCUGGCGGAUGGGCAGAAAAGAAGUUUACUCAGCCCAGUGAACUUCCUGGACCACACGCAACACAAGGGCUUAGCUGUAGCAGUGUUUGGAGUGCUGUUCUGCAAACUGUUUGGUCUGGUCAUAGCACCAAACCCUCUUCCCUUCACCACAGACCAAGCCAACAAACAGUAUUGGAUUAACAUCAUAUUUCUGUCUCUGUUGCAGAUCUAUAAGUACUACUCCCUGUUGGCCAGUCUGCCCCAGGUCUGUUGCCUGGCCUUCCUCAGUUUCCAGUAUCCUCUGCUGCUGUUCAAUGGCCUGAAGGGGUCAGAGAAAACUACUUCUGGCGAGGACCUGAGCAGCAGCUACUACAAUGACUACGUCAAGAAUAUACUAAAGAAGAAGAAGCCUUCCAAAACCAGUACAAGCACAGAGAAGCCCACACUGGUGGAGAGGAUAACUGAUGCUGUGAAGUCCUACAUCUACAUACCAGAGGAAGUUUUCCGGUUUCCCCUGAAGCUGGCGAUAUCUGGAGUAGUGUCAUUUACCGCUCUUUACCAGAUGGCUUUGGUGUUUGUGACCAGCGUGGUGCCGACGCUCCAGAUUGUCCGUCAAGGCAUCAACGAAGAUAUCGCCUUCCUACUGGCCGGUUUCAACAUCAUAUUAUCAGAGGACAGGGCCGAAGUGGUCCGGAUAGUGGUCUACUACAUGUGGUGUGUAGAAGUGUGCUACCUCUCUGCGAUGACCCUGUCCUGCUCAGUGAACCUGGUCAUGCUCAUGAGGUCCAUGGUCCUGCACCGGUCUAACCUAAAGGGGCUGUAUAGAGGAGACAUCUAUAAUGUAUAUAACUGCCAGAGGAGUAUCAGACCAUCUCGUCCUGCCCUGGUCUGCUGGAUGGGAUUCACCAGCUUCCAGGCUGCUCACAUCUGCUUAGGUAUGCUGAUCCAGACCAUAGUGUUCUUCCUGUGUCUGCUGAUCGCUGUGUUCCUCAUCAUCAUCCCCAUCUUCCACGGACAGAACCUCAUGCUCUUCAAGGUCCUGGGGAACAUGUGGCCGUUCUGGUUGAUGCUGUUCUCAGUUGUAGUGGUCCAACAUGUCACCACCAGGUUCUGCUUCAUUAAGAAGUCUGCAGGGACACGGGACCUCCACAACAGGGGUAGUCUCUUCCUGCUGACCUACCUGUUGUUCCCGGUCAAUGUUCUGAUUGGUGUGGUCCUGGGGGUGUGGCGGCUGGUCAUCACGGCCCUGUUCAAUAUCGUCCACCUGGGACGCAUGGACAUCAGCCUCCUCAACCGCAAUGUAGAGGCCUUUGACCCCGCCUAUCGUUGCUAUGCUCACUAUCUAAAGAUUGAAGUGAGUCAGAGUCCAGUGAUGAAGGCCUUCUGUGGGAUGAUGCUGCAGUGUGCCAGGCAAGACGGGGCCGAAAAGAAGGCAAGAGAUGCAGAGGAAGGCAUACAGCUAGUCAAUCAGGAGAAGAAGCCACAGCAUAAGGUUUCCAUCUCUAAACGGGCACGGGGCCACUGGCAGCUCCUCUACACCCUGGUCAACAACCCCUCGCUGGUGGGCUCCAGGAAGCACUUCCAGCGUCAGAGCAACGAGAGCUUCUUCAACGGAACACUCAACUGGGCUGCAAAAGAGGGGAUCAAGAAGGAGGCAGGAAACAUGGAGGCAGGGAAGGAAACGGAGGCAGUGACUAACUGAGACUGAACGUGUCUCCCAGGCUUGUGGUCAACUCCAUUCCAAUUCAGGAAGCAAACUGAAAUUUAAAGCUGCAUUAUGUAACUAUUUGGGUGACCUGACCAAAUUCACAUAGAAUUGUGAGUCAUAGAUCUGUCAUUCGCAUUGAAAGCCCGUCUAAGAAGUGAUAGCUCUGUUCUGUGUGCUAUUUCUAUGCUUCCCGUUCUUAAGUUUUGGUUUUGUACACCAGCCUCAAACAAGAUUUUUGCUUCUUAAAGAUAUUUCACAGUGGUUUAGAUGGUUUAGAUUUAUUAUGAUCCCCAUUAGCCGACGCAGAUGGAGACAGCUAGUCCAACUGGGGUCUGAUACCAUGGAGACAGCUAGUCUUACUGGGGUCUGAUA